AUGCACCUCAUCAUGCACCUUUCAACCAUCCUCGAACGCGACCCUCGAAAACUCCCCAAGAGCGUCACCUGGUUCUCCUUACGACCCGAAUAUCCUUUCUCAAGUCCCUGUUGCAUCACUUGUGCCAGGAGAUACAUCGACAUUAUUGAUGAACAACUCGCCUUUCUUUAUGCUCGACGUUUGGGAUACGCCGCCAUCGCUGGGUUCGCGAAGCACAGUCAGGGUGUGGAAUUGAAUGAUCCAACUAGAAAUGAGGCUGUUGCUGAGGGUAUGGCGCAGAGGGUUCUUAAGUAUGGAGGUACUAAGGAGGCAGGGAGAGUUAUGGGUGGCGAAGGAUGCCAGAUCUAUGUGAGCUUGGAGUAUGAAGUGUCGCAGAUCCAAGAGACUUGUGAUCCUAAGUUUCAGACGGAUGUCAAAAGAAACUGCAAUUAA